AAAGAAAUAUUUAAGGCAAGGGCUGACUCCCUUGGACCGGAUGAAGGGGAAGAGCAGGUAAUAAUAGAGGGUUCUAUGGAUCGCGGAAACUUCCUGGGCAAGGAGGGUGGAGCUGGGGAGGGGUUUAAGAAUUCCUGAAGGUCAAGCGAUCUAGCCCAGCUGGGGUUUUCUCCUGCUUGGAGAGGGGUGCUAUAAAAGCGCAUUUUGGGAUUACUACUGUCGCCACUGCUCACCAAAUUAAGUUAUUCCGGGAGGGAUCUUCUCGUCGCCAUCCUCAUUCCAACACACACCCAUUGACACACUCGGGUUCGGCUGUGCGGUGCAACGAAUUCCCAGGUGGGACACCCGAGCAGGAAGAAAGCCAGGCGGCGGGGCUGGGGUCGCCGCCCGGCCCGCGCCGCAGUCCGCCUGGAGGAUCACCGCCAGGGGGCACUCUCUCCGAACUCGGCCGCUCUGUCUCCUCCCCGGCGCGCUCCCUGCCCUUCGCUCCCCGCAGCCAGCAGAGAAGGCGGAAGCAGUGGCGUCCGCAGCUGGGGCUUGGCCUGCGGGCUGCCAGCGAAGGUGGCGAAGGCUCCCACCGGAUCCAGAGUUUGCCGUCCAAGCAGCCUCGUCUCGGCGCGCAGUGUCUGUGUCCGUCCUCUACCAGCGCCUUGGCUGAGAGGAGUCGUGCGGUUGGGCGGGGAGCCCUGCCCUCCUGGUUCGGCCUCCCAGCGCACUAGAGCGAGCAAGUGAUAAUCAAGUUACUAUGAGUCUGCUAAACUGUGAAAACAGCUGUGGAUCCAGCCAGUCUGAAAGUGACUGCUGUGUGGCCAUGGCCAGCUCCUGUAGCGCUGCAACAAAAGAUGAUAGUGUGGGUGGAACUGCCAGCACGGGGAACCUGUCCAGCUCAUUUAUGGAGGAGAUCCAGGGAUAUGAUGUAGAGUUUGACCCACCCCUGGAAAGCAAGUAUGAAUGCCCCAUCUGCUUGAUGGCAUUACGAGAAGCAGUGCAAACGCCAUGCGGCCAUAGGUUCUGCAAAGCCUGCAUCAUAAAAUCAAUAAGGGAUGCAGGUCACAAAUGUCCAGUUGACAAUGAAAUACUGCUGGAAAAUCAACUAUUUCCAGACAAUUUUGCAAAACGUGAGAUUCUUUCUCUGAUGGUGAAAUGUCCAAAUGAAGGUUGUUUGCACAAGAUGGAACUGAGACAUCUUGAGGAUCAUCAAGCACAUUGUGAGUUUGCUCUUAUGGAUUGUCCCCAAUGCCAGCGUCCCUUCCAAAAAUUCCAUAUUAAUAUUCACAUUCUGAAGGAUUGUCCAAGGAGACAGGUUUCUUGUGACAACUGUGCUGCAUCAAUGGCAUUUGAAGAUAAAGAGAUCCAUGACCAGAACUGUCCUUUGGCAAAUGUCAUCUGUGAAUACUGCAAUACUAUACUCAUCAGAGAACAGAUGCCUAAUCAUUAUGAUCUAGACUGCCCUACAGCCCCAAUUCCAUGCACAUUCAGUACUUUUGGUUGCCAUGAAAAGAUGCAGAGGAAUCACUUGGCACGCCACCUACAAGAGAACACCCAGUCACACAUGAGAAUGUUGGCCCAGGCUGUUCAUAGUUUGAGCCUUAUACCCGACUCUGGGUAUAUCUCAGAGGUCCGGAAUUUCCAGGAAACUAUUCACCAGUUAGAGGGUCGCCUUGUAAGACAAGACCAUCAAAUCCGGGAGCUGACUGCUAAAAUGGAAACUCAGAGUAUGUAUGUAAGUGAGCUCAAACGAACCAUUCGAACCCUUGAGGACAAAGUUGCUGAAAUUGAAGCACAGCAGUGCAAUGGAAUUUAUAUUUGGAAGAUUGGCAACUUUGGAAUGCAUUUGAAAUGUCAAGAAGAGGAGAAACCUGUUGUGAUUCAUAGCCCUGGAUUCUACACUGGCAAACCCGGGUACAAACUGUGCAUGCGCUUGCACCUUCAGUUACCGACUGCUCAGCGCUGUGCAAACUAUAUAUCCCUUUUUGUCCACACAAUGCAAGGAGAAUAUGACAGCCACCUCCCUUGGCCCUUCCAGGGUACAAUACGCCUUACAAUUCUUGAUCAGUCUGAAGCACCUGUAAGGCAAAACCACGAAGAGAUAAUGGAUGCCAAACCAGAGCUGCUUGCUUUCCAGCGACCCACAAUCCCACGGAACCCAAAAGGUUUUGGCUAUGUAACUUUUAUGCAUCUGGAAGCCCUAAGACAAAGAACUUUCAUUAAGGAUGACACAUUAUUAGUGCGUUGUGAGGUCUCCACCCGCUUUGACAUGGGUAGCCUUCGGAGGGAGGGUUUUCAGCCACGAAGUACUGAUGCAGGGGUAUAGCUUGCCCUCACUUGCUCAAAAACAACUACCUGGAGAAAACAGUGCCUUUCCUUGCCCUGUUCUCAAUAACAUGCAAACAAACAAGCCGCGGGAAAUAUGUAAUAUCUACUAGUGAGUGUUGUUAGAGAGGUCACUUACUAUUUCUUCCUGUUACAAAUGAUCUGAGGCAGUUUUUUCCUGGGAAUCCACACGUUCCAUGCUUUUUCAGAAAUGUUAGGCCUGAAGUGCCUGUGGCAUGUUGCAGCAGCUAUUUUGCCAGUUAGUAUACCUCUUUGUUGUACUUUCUUGGGCUUUUGCUCUGGUGUAUUUUAUUGUCAGAAAGUCCAGACUCAAGAGUACUAAACUUUUAAUAAUAAUGGAUUUUCCUUAAAACUUCAGUCUUUUUGUAGUAUUAUAUGUAAUAUAUUAAAAGUGAAAGUCACUACCGCCUUGUGCUAGUGCCCUCGAGAAGAGUUAUUGCUCUAGAAAGUUGAGUUCUCAUUUUUUUAACCUGUUAUAGAUUUCAGAGGAUUUGAACCGUAAUCCUUGGAAAACUUAAGUUCUCAUUCACCCCAGUUUUUCCUCCAGGUUGUUACUAAGGAUAUUCAGGGAUGAGUUUAAACCCUAAAUAUAACCUUAAUUAUUUAGUGUAAACAUGUCUGUUGAAUAAUACUUGUUUAAGUGUUCCUUCUGCCUUGCUUACUUAUUUCCUUGAGGUUACGAAGUAGCAUCUUCCCCAGAGUUUAUAAUGCUGAGAACCAUGUGGAUACCAACUGCUCAUUGUUAUGCUAUGUAACCCUUUUUGUCUAUUCAGUGCAGAGUGAAUUUCACAGCUCUGCAUAUGUCUUCAUUUGUUUAAUGCUUACAGGACAGGAGAUGCACACAUACAAUCAGCAACAUAAAAAUUAAAAGUGACCCAAGUAGUCAGCGCAUGUGGCAUCUCAUUGGUGGUGACAAAAGCUAUGUGAGCCAGAAGUUUUCAGCUCUUUUGAAUACCCUCUGGUUUAGUUCGAUUAAAAAGAACAAAAUUGAUUUCCUAAAAUCAGAAUUUUUUAAAACUGGGGAGAUGAUUGGAGAUACCUAGGAGGUCACCAAACUAGGAUUAGAAGUCACAGUGGUUGUAUCACAACUUAGCUUGAGUAUGUUGCUGUAGCCUAACAACUGCAGGUUCUGAGAAGGAUCCUGUGGAAUCCUGGAAGUAACCAGAUUUUCCUAAUAGGGAGAGAUGAUUUUUUUGUGUGCCAUCAUGUAUUUGUUAAAGGCCUAUAUAUAGAUAUAAAAUAUCGUGGAAUCUAGUUCUCAGGGAGACCCGCAACUAGUAUAAGCUUAUAAAAGGAUCUAAAGAUCCAUCCACCAUUUAAAGUUGUCUGGUAAUGAGAGAUGACAUUGUAUCCCCCAGAGAGGCCAAAUCAGAGUCGCCAGCCAGGGUUCUAGAUCAGCCUUAAUUUCAAGAGAAAGCCAAGGACCUCAUCUGCCGGGGAGUGUGAUUUUCAGCCCCAGCGAGUGUCACUUUGAACUUUCCCUUUGCUUUUUUCUCUCUUCUCCCUCCCCACCCACCCUUAGGCUCCUGAUCUGGUGAGUUUGUUAUGGAGUGAAAAUAAAAGUCAAGCAGAGACCUUGUUUCCCGUGCCACCAUUAGUACCACAAGCUCAUGGCUAGUUACCACAUUAUUUCCUGGCAGUUUGUGUCCCUCAGCUGUGCCUUCCAACCAGCGCCUGAGAAUCUCUGCAUACCACCCUCUAGGUAGGGAAACCUACACUGCUGCUGUUCCUGUGAUUGUUUUACAAUGAAUAAAUAAUUGUCAAGUUCCAUUUAAAAACUGAACAGUAGUAUUUUUGUAUUUGCGUAGAAAAAGCCUGAAGGAAAUAUACUAAACUUUUUGUUGGCUUAUUUUCCUUUGCGCUUGCUUAUAUUUUUUACAUUUUCUACAAUAAAUAUGUACUUUUAUCGGAGAAAAAAA